GGUUUAUACUUUCUCCCUCACUUCAAAUGAAUUCUCCAGCUUGCUAGAGAGAAGAAGGAGGUAAACUAACUAACUAUGCGAAACCUACGAAUCAUCUCCUCUCAUCUCUCGCGAGGUUUGAGAUCCAUCCAGUCACACCCGAUCCAAUCCCGUCGGAGCUACUCGUCGCAAUCGGAAAAUGUCUCCAAAAUCGUAACCGAGCUCUCCAACCUCACGCUCCUGGAGACAAUGGACCUCACCGAGCUCCUCAGGAAGAAGCUUGGCGUCUCCGAUAUGCCCGUGAUGGCGGCGAUGGCGUUUCCGGGAUCUGGAGGAGGAGGUGGUCCCGGAGCUGCGGCGGCUGGGAAGGGGGAGGAGAAGAAGAAGGCGGAGGCGAAGACGGCGUUCGACGUGAUGCUGCAAGGGUUUGAAUCGGCGUCGAAGAUUAAAGUGAUUAAGGAAGUUAGGUCGGUUACGGAUUUGGGGUUGAAGGAGGCUAAGGACUUGGUGGAGAAAGCGCCUACGUUGCUGAAGAAGGGAGUUAGUAAGGAGGAAGCUGAGAAGAUUAUAGAGAAGUUGAAGGCUGUUGGAGCCAAAGUUGAUAUGGAGUGACCUUUUAGCUGCAGGUGUUGUUAAAAUGGAACAAGGAACAGAUGAAGCUUCAGUUCUACUGAGUAGUCCUUCAAGUGUUUAUUACGAAUGUAAGAUGUCAUGGAACUGUCUCAUGAGCUUUUUUCUUUAGAGAGUUAGACACACACAUUUUUGCCUUCAGCCGAUUAAAUUCACGAAGGCUUUUAGGAGCAAUAGUUCUAUCAUUUCUUGGUUUGUACUGUGCGCAGUCGUGGAUGAUCUCUUUUCAACAGAAGAUUCAGACUUCAUAAAUAAAUUAUGUUAUUUCUUGACUU